AUCUCUCCCGUCAGCUCCUUUGUAUGGCUCUGCAAAGCCUAGUCAGUCUGCAAAGCAGAGCCAUACAAAGCAGUGUGCUUACACAGUAAAGCACACACACAGCACACAGUUAACCCUUUGAUGUCCCCAGAUGUUAACCCCUUCCUGCCCAGUGCCAUUAGUACAGUGUCAGUACUUUUCAUUAGCACUGAUCACUGUAUUGUUGUCAUUGGGUCAGUGACACCAACUCAGUUCCCCCCCAGUGUCAGAAUGCCCGCCGCAGUCCCACUAUAAGUCGCUGAUCGCCACCAUUACUAACAUAAAUAAUUUUUUAAAAAUCCAGUAUCUAUACCGCCAUUUGUAAACGCUAUAACUUUCACUUAAACCAAUUAAUUUA